AUGGAUGUUUUUGCAGACAUUUAUUCGUACUCAAUUCCAUGUGUGCAAGAUUCAUGGUCAUCAACUGAGGUACUGGAAUCUGAUAGUGGAAAUAGCAAUAGCAGAGCCAAUGUUUCUGACGAGGAAGUUUUGUUAGCUUCAAACAACCCGAAGAAGCGAGCAGGGAGGAAGAAAUUUAAGGAGACGAGACACCCGGUUUACCGGGGAGUGAGGCAGAGGAACUCCGGUAAGUGGGUGUGUGAAGUGAGAGAACCGAACAAGAAGUCAAGAAUUUGGCUAGGAACUUUCGCCACCGCGGAAAUGGCAGCGAGAGCUCACGAUGUGGCGGCAAUAGCGCUUCGUGGGAGGUCGGCCUGUUUGAACUUUGCUGACUCAGCUUGGAAGUUACCAGUUCCGGCCUCCACUGAUGCUAAGGACAUUCAGAAAGCAGCAGCAGAAGCUGCCAGGGCCUUUGGGCAACCGAAUUCCGAGUCGUCGGAGGCGUUGUCUCGAGAUGAUAAAAUGGAGGAAGCAGCCGCUAUAUGGCCGAUAAAUGCUUUCUUUACGGAUGAGGAAGCUCUUUUUGGAAUGCCAGGGUUGAUUGACAAUAUGGCUGAAGGGUUGAUGCUCCCUCCACCUUACUGCAUGGAUACUGAUGACGUGGAAGUAAAUGCUGACGUGUUUUUAUGGAGUUAUUCCAUUUAA